AUGAUUCAUCAAUCUUUCGAAGGUUGUGCACCGAAACAAAAUCCUCGCAUAUCUCUGAAUUUUCUUACUGAUAUCGUUCAAUUUUCUUCUCGAAUCAUUCGUUUGGUUAUCAACAUUCUUUACGUCUAUCGAUUUCUCACAGCUAUCAAUGGACUACGUCUUCGUAGUCAGUUGAAUGAAGAUGAUGAAAUGCUAAAAAUUCGUGCACCAUACAUGUGUGCGACUCGACAUCAUCUCUCGGUUGAACCUGAUGUUAUUGAAUUGCACAAAGAAUUACGAAAGAUAAUGUACCGAUUCAAACAUGAAGUUCGCUACAUUGCGCAUACCAUUCAGCAUUAUCCUCAUUUGAUAUUCCAAACAGUCCCACUACUUGAGUCGAGUGUUGGCAAGCUCCAGUGUCACCUUGAUGAUCUGGAAAUGGCAGCAACGUUCAAUGGAAAUACCGACGGACAAGCAAAUCCGACGUGUAACACUGCCACUAAACAUCAAACCAGGUACAAAUCGAAGAAUAACAACCAACAAUUACCUGGAUAUCAAUCCGAGAGUGAUUCUCAAAAGACUCAAGUUAAAACUUCUAAGAAGCAAGAAAAAUCUUCGCCUUCCCAAGUCUCACUACAUCAAUCCGGUAAACUUCAACGUCUCGAAAUGGAUGAAGAACAAGUCUACAUAAUCACACGAAACAUCCAUCUAGCUCUGCAUACGCUACUUAUCAAUACCAAAUUAGUACAUUUAACGACAAAAGAUGGUAUGAAAGCGGGCACUUCAACAUUGCUGUUUCCAUUCAUUUACGAUAUCGGAAAGAAAUUCUGCCUUUCAUUUUAUUAUCUACAAUUGCUUUCUAAAUACGUGUCACACCGAGCUAUUCAAUCAGAGAAUCGGCCAGUACCGCCGUUAACUGAUAUUCGAGUGAAUCUACAUCCGGCAAAUCGAAAUGUUAUCACUGAAGCGAAUCAAUUUCUCGUAGAUAAUUUCGCAAGAACGGUAAAAAAGCGUAGUGUGCGAUUCAAUGUGGCUACUCAACAAUGUCUACCAUCAUCAGUUCUCACGCGUCGGUUUAGUAAUAUUCGAACUUCGACAAGAACAAAGAACUGA